AUGUUGGCUUCUUCCGCCAACAUCGCAAGAAGCCUCACAAGAGCUCUACCAAACAUCUCUUUCCCACGAUACUUGUCGGCAGCAACUGCCUCCAGUAUCCACUCGAGAAGAUCGACGACUUUCGAGACUCAGCUACCGUCAGGCACUCAGAGAGGCCUCUUAUCCUCAGGCACCAUCCUUGACCCAGCUGCCACCGCAUCGCAACUAAGCAGCAUGGCUUCCACCUCGAAAACCCCGGCUGCUGAGCCAACUCUCUACAUCGACGGCAAGUGGACACACGCAAAAGCUGGUCACACACGUUCCAUCAUCAACCCGUACGACGCCUCCACGAUCACCACCAUCGACGAGGCAGGCGCUGAGGAUGCGCUCGCAGCCAUCAACUCUGCCGUCCACUUCUUCCGUACAUCCUCCUGGCCUCAUCAAACAUGCACAUCUCGCACGCCGCUCCUCUCGAAACUAGCCGAGCUUUUGCAGCGAGACAAAGAGAUGCUAGCCGAGAUUGAGACCAAAGACACGGGCAAGACUCUGGAAGAGAGCAAAGUGGACGUAGACGACGUGACCAACGUCUUUCGCUUCUACGCUGAGGAAGCCAAGAAGCUGGAUGAACCCAAGAAGAUCGUCUCGGAUGUGAUCCCUGAUUCGGUCGAGAGCACCACUUGGCAGGUCCCUGUGGGUGUCUGUGUGCUCAUUGCACCGUGGAACUAUCCAUUGUUGCAGAUCUGCUGGAAGCUUGCCCCUGCCUUGGCGACGGGCAAUGCGGUGAUUAUCAAGCCUUCGGAGGUGACGCCUUUGUCAACGAUCCACUUGGUCAAACUGUUGAUCGAGGCAGGUGCGCCAAAGCGGUCGGUACAGUUGUUGACUGCCGCUGGAGCAUCCGUCGGUCCGAGGUUGACAGAACACCCGGAUGUCGACUUGGUCUCGUUUACCGGUGGUCUCGACACAGGCCGCCGAAUCAUUUCCUCCUGUGCGGGCACAGUGAAACGCUGUACAGUCGAGCUAGGCGGUAAGAACCCCAACAUUGUUUUCGCCGACUGCGAUCUGGAAUGGGCCAUCGACACGGUGGUCACGGCUGUUUUCCUGCAUUCAGGACAAGUGUGCUCUUCAGGAGCAAGGUUGAUCGUCGAAGAAUCGAUCGCCGACAAGCUCGUCGCUGGCGUGGUGGAGCGUGCCAAACGUAUUCAUAUGGGAAAUGGAAUGGAUCCUGCUUCCGAAACCGGACCUCUCGUCUCUGCUGGACACCUAUGCAAAGUGGAAGCAUUCGUCAAGUUGGCUCUCGAAGAAGGAGCCAAACUUGUGGUUGGAGGAUCUCGACCCGAUCCCAAGCAACACCCUGAGUUGGCAAAAGGUUUCUUCUUCUGCCCAACUGUCUUUGACGAUUGCAAUCGCGACAUGCGGAUUGUGCAAGAAGAGACUUUCGGACCGAUCUUAACCGUGGAGAGGUUCAAGGAUGGAGAUGAGGAGCAUGCGAUUUUCCUCGCCAACGAUACCAAGUAUGGAUUGGCCGGUGGAGUGCAGUCUGGCAACCUGCAGAGAGCGAGGAGGGUAGCCAAGCGCUUACGUCAUGGAACCGUGUGGGUGAAUAGCUAUGCAUCCUACACGCCUGCUGCCGAGUGGGGUGGAUUUGGUACGAGUGGCAAUGGAAGAGAGCUGGGUAGUAAGGGUUUGCAUGAGUAUAUCGAGACGAGGCACGAGUGGGUUCAGACCAAGCCAGCCAAGUCUGGUUGGUUCAAGGGCAAGGGGAAAGAGUUGCAGCCUCUUGCUGCGAUCAAGGCUAAGCUCUAA